GAUGUAAGCAUUGCAUAAAAUGGUCCCUUUAAUUUCCACGCUCCACUGAGCCGAGAGGGGGCCCUUCACAAUGGGUCUAUUUAUAGACAGCAGUGUAUAGGUAACAUCUCAAUCAUGUGGGUCAUACCUAUUGGGAAUUUUUAAAUUUCUAUUUAGGAGAGAAAAUGGCGCAGGAUUGGUGUGUCAUGUGACCGUGGAAAACAAUACAACAGCGGUGUUUUCUGUGAUCAUUCCAUUUUUAUACGAUAUUUUUAUAACUCAGCAAACACCCACAAAGACUUUGUUUGAAGUGGGGAAAAGUGUGUCUCACGAACUUAUUUUUCUAGCAUUAUGCAAAUAUUAGAAGUAUUAAAAAAGGUUAAGUUGGUGAAGUGAUUUUAGCCUUUGUGUGGGAUUUAAAUGAAAUUUGGAGAGCUUUCAGUGACUGACUUAAUAAAUCAACUCUUCAUUGAGUGACUUUGUAUUUACACCUGUACACAAAAUCUUGAAUUCUUGUCAAUUCUGUGAUCCAGCAUGAGCAAAGAGGGAUCUGAUAGCAGAUACUCCAGCAUUCUGCAGAAUGUUUGGCCCCCUCCAAAUGAAAACACUCGAGCACGUCUAGAGAGACUCAGAGAGCUUGAGAAUCAGAGGAGACAGCAUGAGUCUAGUAACAGACCUCGUAGCUCGAGUGUAGAGAGAGCUCCCUCCUCAUCUCGUGAGCUUCUGUUUGGAUCUCGAGCAACCUUUGGUAGGUCAAGUUUACGCUCAUCUGCUCGACGUGGCAGAGAACCCAUGAGAGCUUUUCCUCUAGGUCAGGCCAACAAUCCAGUAAACUUACCUUCAGACAGGAGAAAUGAAAGUGAAAGUAGAACUGUUGGUGACAUCAGCAAUAUCAGUGCCACCACAGGUGAUGUGUCGCCCACGACUCAGCAAGCCAGUAAUCCUCAGACUGAAGCCCCUAGUGUGUCAACAACAAACUCAGAGGUAAAAACUGAAAAUGUUGAAUUAGUCAUCAUUGAAAACAGAGAGUGCAGUGCAGAAAAAUCAGAGAGCAUGUCUGAUGAUGUGUCACAUAGUGCAGAUCAAUACAAGGAUACACACCGCCCAGACUCUAAUAACCAAUCAAUGGAACAGAGUGUGAAUGUAGACAGUACAGCUGCUGCUGCUCCAGGGACCAGCACUGACUCAGAAGAUAGUGGGACUGUUGAACAAGUGAAUUCUGGAAAAUCUGAGAAAGCAAGCAGUGCUACUGAUGUUAGUACUGUAGAGCAACAACCAAAACCAGACACAGAAAUACAGAUUUCCUCUGGAGCAUCAUGGGAAGUAUCUGAUGACACAGACAAAAAACUAGAAGAGAUGACAGAAAACCAGCAGACUCGUCUAGCCAAGUUACAGGAGCUUGAGGAGCUGAGGACAAGAGGACGAGCUAGGGAGAGACCCGAGGACUCUAACUUGUCAGCUCGUGAACGCUUCAAUGUGAACUACAACCCUAACAUCCGCCCACAAAGACAACUCUCCAUAAGAGAACAGAUCAGGAACUCCAGACGAGCUAGGAGACAUCACUCAGAUCUUCAGCUGUCCCAGCAUUCCCCAUUCUUAACUGAGACGUCAACUUCAUCAUCCACUGAUGUAGUAAGGGAACAGACUACCAGUAAUGCUAUUAACCCUUCAGCAUGGGACUCGGCAUUCUCUGAUAAUGAUCGCACUGAACGAAUGAAAAGACUCAAGGAACUGGAUAAGAUUCGUAAGGAAGGGAGAGACAGUGCUGCUGCCUCCAGCUUUGAUUCUGAUAUUUUGAGUCCCCGAGAUCGCAGAAAUUCCGCUCACUCAGAUCAUCUCAGUUCGUUAUUCUCAGUAAGUCGUGUUCAGCCUUCUUUUUCAACAGGGGGAAGCCUUUUCCCCUUGUCAUCUAAUUACAGUGAAAGCUUGCCAUCACUUGCCACCAGUAAUUUAUCUGUGGAGACCCCCAUGUCAAGUCUCUUUGGUCGUGAAAGAAAUAUUUUCUCCUCUGGUCCCACCCUGACCCGGUCAACAUCCCUUACCACCCAGGAAGUGAUUGCACGAGCAAGGGAGGUAAUCAGUAAUUCUGUAUCGGCUUCCCUCGCUGCUAGCUCAGAAAGCGAUGUCAGACCGUCCCGAGAGGAGGUGAACCUUCACUUAGAUUUGUCCGAGCUUCCCCUGACAGAAGAACGCACUGAAGAGGAAGGGGUGACCACUGUGGAUCAAAUUAGGGAGGCUAGAGCUGAAUCUAACCCCAGAGUCCAUGAUGUCCCACUGGAUUUGAACCAUAAGGAUGGUGCCACGUGUGUGAAGGCCAUGCGAGAAGCCAUUGAUGAGACCUACAGGAAUAGAUAUAAGAGUCGUGGACUGCCCAGCGAGGUCGCAGACCACUUUCUGGCAGACUGUUUUGAUCCUAAAUAUACAUUUGAGGAGCGCAUUGUUCUGAUCAGGAAGAAACUGUGGGGCGACCCACCUGUUGUGAAAUGUGAGCGAGGCCACCCUGAUGGGGCCUCAACUGAAAGUGAAACCAAUAAAAAUACUGAAGACAGUCUAAAUCAACCAAAGACAGAGGAGGUCAAGGUCACAUAGAUCUCUACAAACACUACCUUCAGUCAUGUUUACUCUGCAAACUUUCUGUUUUAUGAUCCUCUUGAAACUACUCCAAGGUUUCAAUCUUUUAUUGCCAGAUAAAUUUCUGUUGCUCAAAUACAUAAAAGAGCAUGUGGGAAAAUUUGAAGGAUUUUAGCUCAUCCUAUGUGACAAAAAGAUAUUAAAAAGUGAUCAAGGCAUAUUUUUGAAAUUUGAUUAUCAUUUGACUGUGAUUUUUUCUCUUUAAAGUUCAUGGUAUAUAUAUUUACAGUAUUUUCUCCUGUGUACAUGUUAAAUUCAAUAUGAU